AUGGAUACCGGUCGUGCUUCCAUGAGCCAUCGUCUUAUCCUUUUUGGUCUUUUUGCGUUAACUCAACUCGAUAUUGCGCGCGCAGGAGUCUCCCUCGAUCCCGUCAAGAAUUUUUGCAGGAGGAUUGGGCACAGCUCUGUCUACAAGAAUGGCACGCUUUACAUCAACGGUGGUCUCGAAACUUAUGUGGAUUUUGGUGCAAAUGGACAACAAGACUGGAGUACAAUCACUUCGGGCAUCAACGAGAACCUAAUCUCCGUCGAUAUGACCGCCUCUUGGGAUUGGAAAACAAACGUGUCGAUCUCCCAGAAUGCCAGAGCAGAAAGUGGUAGCGUUUCGGGCAUGCAAUGGCCUGUCAAUGUUCAUGAUGGUUCCCUCUUUGGAGGAAUGGACUCUUCUACUACUCUUUACAUGUUUGGGGGGACGACGUCGAGCUUCAAUCAGUCUUUCCCUUACUUCGAGAUUCCGCCUACAACUCAGUACGCCCUGUGGACCUACGAUAUGGAUGCCAACGUCUGGGCUGCUGUCGACACCUCCGGAUCCUUGGACACAAUACCGUCAUGGGGGGCAAACGCCGAGGCUCCAGACCAAGGACUUGCUUUCUAUGUGGGUGGCCAAAUCGAUAGUGGAACAGCAAACACGACCCAAUUUUUGGGUGACGAUGCCGUUGGUGUCGGUGGAAUGGUGGUUCUCGACACAACAAGUAACACCGUCAAGAAUAUCACAGUCGACGAUGCCGUCAAGAGCAAUCGCCAAGGGGCUGGGAUGGUGUAUGUUGACAACUUUGGCGACGCUGGGUUGCUCGUACUCAUCGGUGGAGAAACUCAAGCAGACGGCCUGCUUCCUAUGGACGAGAUUUGGGUCUUCGAUAUCAACUCUACGGACCUCAGCGAUAAUCCCUCUGCUAAGAAAAAUAUGUGGUACCAACAGACAGCGACAGGUGACGUUCCCACUUCUGGACGCGUGGACUUUUGUUUGGUCGCUGCACCUGCUCAAGACAACAGCAGUGCAAACAUUUAUCUCUACGGUGGUACUUCUAAUGGGACGAUCUUCGACGAUGUCUAUGUUCUCAGCCUUCCCUCCUUCACCUGGGUCAAGGUAUACACGGGGCAGGACGCUCGGUGGAGCGUGACAUGCCAUUUUAUUCCGCCCAGGCAGAUGAUCACGGUUGGUGGAGGUGGUAAAAGCAGCAACAUCUCUUCCGACUGUGACUGGGAACAGAAGAGCUUAGCAGUACUUGAUCUGAGCACCAUCGGAUGGGGAAGCGUUUUCGAUGCCGCAGCACCCCGUUAUGAUGUUCCUGAUGAUGUUGUCAAAGCUAUUGGCGGAGGACCGACAGGGAAUGCCACUAAGAAUGAGCCGGCCGGGGGAUGGGCCGAGACGGGACUCAGCGAGCUCUUCACCAUCAGAAAGGCAGCAACAACCACUUCCGCACCCACACCCAGCGUAACUGUGGUUUUUACCCCCACUACCGCUCCCGCCGAAGUCGAAUCAAAGAAGAGCAGUAGCUUGUCUGGUGGCGCAAUCGCAGGAAUUGCAAUAGCAGCAGUCGCUGGCGUGGCAAUAGUCUGCGGCGCGAUCUUCUUCUGGCUUCGUUCUCGUCGUCAACACAGACAGAACGUCGGCAUGGAAAUACCCGAGAAAGAUUCUCUCCCAUCGUACAGCACUGCCGCUUCUCAAAAUACUCCGGAACUUGGUGGUACUCCUCAGGCUGCGGAAAUGCCAGCAAAGAUUGGCGCUGCAGUAACGAAACCGCCAGUUCAGGGGGAGCCUGUAGAGAAGGAUGCAGGGACAGUUCAAGGCCCUCACCCAUCAUUGAGACAAAAUGGACCCGCAGAAAUGGAGUAA